AUGGACCAGAUAAGCACGAAGAUGAAGACAACACUACUCAUUGCAGUACUGUGGUGGGUCGUGGCGAUGAUGGCCAUGCCAAUAUUGGCUCAUGGCAGCAUUGAUCAAAGUCCUGAAGCCGUUAAAAAAUGGUUCAAAGAGCUUGGACAUGCAAAGGAGAAGUUGACAGAGCUUCACUUCUAUGUUCAUGACACGGUAACUGCCAAGAACCCCUCAGCUAUUCUAGUUGCUCAAGCCAACACUACCAGCAAAUCACCCACGAUGUUCGGGGCAACCUUCGUCUUCGAUGAUCCGAUGACAGUAGGGCCUGAGCCCAGUUCCAAGGUCAUCGGUCGAGCUCAGGGCGUAUACAGUUCGGUUUCGAAAGAGGACGCUUCACUAAUUGUGAUCCUGAACUUGGCAUUCAACGAUGGCCAGUUCAAAGGUAGCACCCUCAGCGUUCUAGGUAGUUAUCCCCUGUCGCAGAAGUACAAGGAGAUGCCAAUACUAGGUGGUUCUGGGGCUUUUCGAUUGGCCCGUGGAAUAGUUACGGCAAUAGCCAUUGCUACCAAUGGCCUGAAUGAAAUUAUCGAGUUUCACGUCCUCGUUCUGCAUUAUUGA